AUGAACAAAAUUCGUUUUGCUUUAAUUGGAGUUCUUGUUGCUGCGAACUUUAUCUUUGUCACGGGAAAUCCACUGAGAGAUGCCGAAAAUUCAGUUGAUGAUGAAUUGCUGGAUGAUAUGAGAUUAACUGAUGAACAACGAACCUUCAUGUUUGGUUCGGAAGGCAAAAAUUCCAAAACAGGAACAACUUGGACACCUUGGCACUGGAUAAAAAACGAAAGAGGUGAAGUUAAGAUUCAGUGGACUUCAAUUUUGUCAACUUUUACACAAGAAAAACAUCACAUCGAUUUUAUGCUUCGACAGUUCACAGCCAUUUCAAACUCAACAUGUGUGCGAUUCGUAGAACGAACAGAUGAAGAAGAUUUCGUUGACAUAACAAAUGGUAAAGGUUGUUGGUCGUGGGUGGGUCGAAUUGGAGGAAGACAAGAAUUAUCAAUGCAGAUCAAUGGAUGCUUCUACGGUGGAACUGCAAUGCACGAAAUGAUUCACGCAAUUGGUUUUGGUCAUAUGCAUCUAAACUACAAUCGUGAUGAUUACAUAACAAUCAAUUUUGAAAAUGCGAAGGAAGAUUAUAAAUUCGAGAAAGUAGAUCCUCGGUACUAUAGUAACUUUGACACUCCUUAUGAUUAUUUGUCGGUAAUGCAUUACCGUAAAACGGCAUUUUCAAAGAACGGGAAAGACGUCAUCGUACCGCAUGAUAAAACUUUUCUUGAUAUCAUAGGUAGGGUUGGGAUGUUGUCAGCAGGCGACGCUUUAAGAAUUAACAGAAUGUAUGAAUGCUCUAUUGUUAAGGAAAUCCCGGAAGAGACUACAACAGUCACUCAAGAUACUUCCACU